CCCAAAUAUGUUUGAUGUCAACUCAAGGCCCAAAUUAAAAUUAAUUGAAUGGGGGACUUGGUAACCAUUGGCUGGGAAGAAAUUGAAUCUUGCAGCAACGCUGGAUCGAGCAGCUUCAAUUGUUCGCCGGGAAGCUUCGCUGGUCGCCGGAUUUCUCUGUGUUGGGAAAACGAAUUUGAGAUGGGUUUCUUGGUGACUACCCUUAUCUUCGUCGUGGUAGGGGUUAUUGCAUCACUCUGCAUCAGAAUCUGCUGCAACAGAGGGCCCUCAGCAAACCUAUUACACCUGACAUUGGUAAUUACAGCAACAGUGUGCUGCUGGAUGAUGUGGGCCAUUGUUUACCUGGCACAAAUGAAACCUCUAAUUGUUCCGAUUUUGAAUGAAUCGGGAUAAAACUUUCUACGAGAAGCAUGUGCAGUGAGAGCGUAGCGUACAUUAUCAUGGACGAAUAAUGUAAGAGCAAUAACAAUUUGGGGUGUACUCUUUUUGUGUCAUAUUUGCAUGGAAUGCUUAUCAUUAAUCAUUAUAUCAAAUUUAUCUUUCUGUAUUGUAAAACAAUAGUCUGAUGCUUUAUUUGUUUUGUUGACUAUCAAUUUAUGUAUUUAAUUUGAACAAAAUAAAAAAAAAUUCCUCUCUUUUGCUUUUGUAUCUUCGAUCUGCCAUGGCCAAAUGAGUGGCACAGUAUCUUUUUGGCACUGUGUGAGGUGUAAAGUUUGGUAUUGUGUGAUUACUCAAACAUUGUGAUUUAUGCAAACACCUAUAUUGUUUCGUAUUA